AGACAACGAUAUGGACAUGACAUUAUGUAACCUGCAAUCUGGUGCCUUCAAAUAAGGAAUAAAGUAGAAGGAAUCCCAUCCUACUCCGGCCCCUCUAUUCAUUAAUCCCUGAUCUUUAUAAGACCAUUUCAUUAACUGUCAACUAAGAGUAGCAGCAGCUUCAGAAGCAAAAUGGGGAAGCUGCUACAUGGUCAUGUUGUCCUCCUCUUGCUAGCAGUCUCUUGCUUGUUCUCUGCCACCAUGGUCCUUUCAUGGAACCACAAUCAACAAUUCAAUCAAGCCAAAAACUAUGAGGGCUCCUCUGACCUGGUGAACCUUCAGUACCACAUGGGUCCUGUCCUGGCUUCCCCCAUCAAUCUCUACACCAUUUGGUAUGGUCACUGGAACCCAACCCAUCAAUCCAUCAUAAGAGAUUUUCUUCUUUCUCUCUCGUCUUCAUCCCCUUUUCCCUCAGUUGCCGACUGGUGGCACACCAUUCGCCUCUAUACUGACCAAACAGGUGCUAAUAUCACUGGUAACAUCAUCCUCUCAGGAGAGUACUACGACUCAUAUUCCCAUGGUGCCUCGCUGAGCCGAUUGACGAUCCAGUCCAUCAUCAAGAGUGCAGCUAGCAGCCACACACGACCAUUACCUCUAAAUCCUUACGACGGCCUCUACUUGGUAUUGACAUCCUCAGAUGUUCAAGUCCAGGACUUCUGUAGAGCAGUAUGUGGGUUCCACUACUUCACCUUUCCAGCUAUGGUGGGUGUCACUGUGCCAUAUGCAUGGGUUGGUUACAGUGGGACACAAUGUCCAGGGAUUUGUGCAUAUCCAUUUGCAUGGCCUAACCAUUCAGGCACCUACCAAGGUCCCAACAACAUCAUGGGAGCUCCAAAUGGGGAUGUUGGUGUCGAUGGAAUGAUCAGUGUAAUCGCACACGAGCUGGCUGAAGUGUCAAGUAACCCACUUGUGAAUGCGUGGUAUGCCGGUAAUGAUCCGACUUCACCCACUGAGAUAGCUGACUUGUGUGUUGGUGUGUAUGGGUCUGGAGGAGGUGGUGGUUAUCCUGGGGAGGUGUAUAGAGACUCCUGGGGUAAGGGCUUCAAUGUGAAUGGGAUAAAUGGAAGGAGGUUCUUAGUGCAAUGGGUAUGGAAUCCAAUCAGUAGUAGAUGCUUUGGACCCAAUGCCAUGGACUAGAAGUUACUUCUUGACCUGAUCAGUAGCUUCGAAAUAUGUAAAAUCCCAUCUUUAGCUUCAGAAAUCUCAGAAAAAGAUCGAUCAGUAUCAUGAGUCCAAGGACCUAGCUGCUUUUGGGUAUUAUUCUGUCAAAAAAGGUGAGCUCCUCAUAAGUUCAUAAAUUAUGCUGUAAAUUAAGAAAGAAUCAAUGCCAUGCCUCUUCUAGCUAGUCCAGUCUAGUCUUACUUUUUAAGGAUGUUAGUCUAUAAAUUCCAAUUUUAACGAUGAUG